CGCGGUUUCAAGGCGCCCUGCGUUCUGCUGGAAGGUCUUGUGAAUGAAGGGGGUGCCUGAAAACCGGUGGAAUCCACGCGCAGUGAGGAGAGCGAGCCUCUGGACUUCCAACUGCUCAGCAUGUGAACCAACGGUCUGUUGGAAGUCAAGUCGAAAAGCGACGGAAAUUUAAUCAUUUUUAAGUUUAGAACGUGCCUUAUUUUGCGCUAAUGUAACUUUGAUUACGCGUCGAACUCGCUGGAAUAACUUUGGUUUGGCAGAACUUGAAGAAAACUGGACUCUUGAGUGUUUUUUCACCGGGUCGGGAUUCAGAGUGGGCUGCUUGGAGUCACUUACAAAGACCAUCAAGAAGUCAUGACACGGGGGACGCUUCGCUCGGAUUUAUGCUCAUAAAACACGAGGAAAAGACUGCUACCGGCAUUUUAAACUCGAAGUGCUCGGACCACACGCAAAGUUUUGCGACAUUUUACGUAGAUUCCUCGCUCUUUUAACAAAAAAACCCCCCCUUUUUCAAGUUGCCCCACUCGGAUCAAAGUUUUUCCUUCCCUCCCCCCCUUCUCCUUUUCAACUAUGGCGGCGGCCAGGUCCACCGCUGGCUCCGUGUUACUGCGGCUCAUGUGGCUGGCGUGCGGGCUGUCCCUGUCGUCCACUUCUGCACAGAAUUACAACAACGACCACGGAAUAUCUGUCCCGGAACACGGGUUCUGCCAACCCAUCUCCAUCCCGCUUUGCACCGACAUCGCCUACAACCAGACCAUCAUGCCGAACCUCCUGGGCCACACGAACCAGGAGGACGCCGGGCUCGAGGUGCACCAGUUCUACCCGCUGGUUAAGGUGCAGUGUUCCGCGGACCUCAAGUUCUUCCUCUGCUCCAUGUACGCGCCCGUCUGCACGGUACUGGAGCAGGCCAUCCCCCCGUGUCGGACCCUGUGUGAGCGCGCACGCCAGGGCUGUGAAGCCCUCAUGAACAAGUUUGGCUUCCAGUGGCCGGAGAGGCUCCGCUGCGAGGCGUUCCCCGUCCACGGAGCCGGCGAGAUCUGCGUCGGCCAGAACACAUCGGAACCCAGCAGCCCGUCCUCGUCCUCACCCUUUGCACCAGAACCGGUCACCCUCCCCCCAAGCAUUGACCGACCCAACCCACGCCCUCCUCAAAACAACCAGUACCACCAGUUCUCCUGCCCACUGCAGUUGGAAGUGCUUCCCUACCUGGGCUACCGAUUCAUGGGGGCCAACAACUGCGGGGCCCCGUGCGAGCCCACCAAACCCACCGGCAUUAUGUAUUUCCAGGAGGAUGAGGUGAAAUUCGGCCGGUUGUGGGUUGGAAUCUGGUCCAUUUUGUGCUGCGUGAGCACCUUGUUCACGGUGCUCACCUAUCUAGUCGACAUGAGGCGGUUCAGAUACCCCGAGAGGCCCAUCAUCUUCCUAUCCGGCUGUUAUUUCAUGGUGGCGGUGGCCUACGCUGCCGGCUUUUUCCUGGAGGACAAAGUUGCCUGCGUGGAUAAAUACAGAGAGGACAGCUACAGAACGGUGGCCCAGGGGACUAAAAAGGAGGGCUGCACCAUCCUCUUCAUGGUGUUGUACUUUUUUGGCAUGGCCAGCUCCAUCUGGUGGGUGAUUCUGUCCCUGACCUGGUUCCUCUCUGCCGGAAUGAAAUGGGGCCACGAGGCGAUCGAAGCCAACUCCCAGUACUUCCACUUGGCCGCGUGGGCCGUCCCGGCCAUCAAAACCAUUACCAUCCUCGCCAUGGGCCGGGUGGACGGCGACGUCCUGACCGGGGUGUGUUUCGUCGGGAUCUUCAACGUGGACGCCCUGCGCGGCUUCGUCCUGGCGCCGCUUUUUGUCUACCUGUUCAUCGGCACGUCCUUCCUCCUGGCCGGCUUCGUGUCCCUGUUCCGGAUCCGUACCAUCAUGAAGCACGACGGCACCAAGACGGAGAAGCUGGAGAAGCUGAUGGUGCGGAUCGGGGUGUUCAGCGUGCUGUACACGGUCCCGGCCACCAUAGUGAUCGCCUGUUACUUCUACGAGCAGGCCUUCAGGGAGCACUGGCAGCGGACCUGGCACAUGCAGACCUGCAAGCGGUUCGCUGUACCCUGCCCGGUUCACAACUUCGCCCCCAUGACUCCGGACUUCACCGUGUUCAUGAUCAAGUACCUGAUGACCAUGAUAGUCGGGAUCACCUCGGGUUUCUGGGUCUGGUCUGGGAAGACUCUUCAAUCCUGGCGGAGGUUCUACAAGCGCCUUAGCAACGGUAACCACGGGGAGACGACGGUGUAAAGAUUCGAGGGGGAAAGGGCACAAAGAAAACGGUGUUUUGGAUUUAAAAACCAUGUAAAUUAGGUCAAAUAGCUUUUAUUACUAUUUUGGACAUUUCAUUUUAAUUUUUUUUUCUCAGUUGUGACAGCGUUUCAGGCUUCUGGUCACACAACCAAACUUUGAUCUAUAUUCGAUAGAAGUUGGAUUUUUUUUUUUCAUUUUAUAUUUCUAUAGUCAUCAUCAGACAGCCCACAAUACUGGCUUUUAUAUUUUUUGGAUCACAAACUGAUGCAAAUGACCAUACUGGUUCAUGGACUCUAAUGCCUGACUGGUGAGGUUCCUUUUGAUAUGAAACUUCCUAUUAUUAUAGAUUAUAUCCUCAGUAUCACAAUUUUAAUGUAACGUUAACUUCCUGUCCACUCCGGUGAGUUUCUCACCCCAACAGAAAAGACUGAUGUGUCCAAGUGUGGCCUUCUGUCCAUGCUGCAGCAAAUAGGUCAGAGGUUGUGGGUCCCUACAGCCGCCACUGACUGAAUUCACUCAAUACAAACACCUGGAUUUUACCUUUUUUUUUUUUAAAUUCUCCCUUGAGAAAUUUCAGCUUGAGACAGAAAUGCUUUAAUGUGUGUGUGAGAAGUCUGAGUAUAAUCUCGCUGAGAAAUGAUCCAUAAACUCGUGACUCCACGCCAUCAUGUGUCAAGUGGCUGCCUAGAAAUCCAAACUUUUAUUUCUUCUUUUCUUUAUUUUUUUCAGACUGUCGAGUAUUUGUAUUGAAUGUUCACUCCGAAGGUGAAUGAAGUUAUGUAUUGGUUUGCACAGCUAAAGGUAACAAGUGUUAAAAAUGACUGAUUCAAACUGUUAAAGAGACCACACACACACACACACACACACAGAGGCCUGCAAUGAAGACACAACAGCUCAUUGUUUGUCUCAGUGUGUGGUCUCUCGACUGUUGGAUCCUUCCAUCCAAAAUACUUUUAAGCUUUUAAGACAUCCACAGCACCAUUUCAAGGACACACACAGUGGAAAUGGUUGCUCAGGAUUUUAAUGUUAUUUUAUCCUGGAUAAAGAUGACUGUACACAUUCAGGCCUGUGUAUCUGCCCCCAUCCCCUUUCUAUGAUUUCACUUGCAACAAAGACUUUUUAGUGAAUCUUUUUUUUUUUUUGUCAAACAGCAUUGUAUGGACUUUUUUUUUUUGCUUCUGCAAACCGAACUGAUGUUUGAUGUUCUUAGUUGUGAAAACACUAGGAAGGAGGUCAAAGUCCACAACCGUGUGGGAAUAUUUUUUAUUUGGAAAGCGAGAAUGUGUUGUAUUCGGCAGAUGUGGAGCGUUCUCUGGAACCGAACAUACGGAGGUGAUAUACCAAUAUAUUACUACAGAACUGUUGAUGAAAUGGAACACCCACAUUGCCUAGUGACCACUUCAUUUUUUUAUCAAAUUAAGCAAGGGUAAACCUAAACUAAGAUUUUGUUUUUUUUAAUCUUAAUGUUUUUUCUUCAAAUUUAUGAGCACCCGUAACCCUCGACAUUCAAGUAGGAAAACGACGAGUGCAGAAAAGUCAUGUUUUUUUCCCGACUGAUGGUGGCAUAUUGUUCCUUUUCUUGUUGUACAGCACAAGUUCUCUUCGUACGUCACCUGCAAAUGAUGAGUUCAGACCUCUAGCAGCAAUCAGGGUAAACUCACAACAUAAUGGCCUAUUAGACCUGCUAUUUUAGGUUUGUUUUAUCUACCAACGCUCUGUCUUGAAUCCAAGAAUACUAAUACUAGAUAUAUACCCUAAGUACCAAAUGUUAUACUGUUACAGCAGUUUGUAUACAAAAACUGUCACAUUUCCCACGUGAAUGCACUACAUACCUCCACCCUGGUUAAAGUUAGUACAUAGGCUUGAGACACUCUUACAUCUCUCGUCCAUGUUUUAAGGAAACAGUACCACAUUAUUCUUUGUAAUUGCCUUCCGGCAGCAAAGAUCUGACGGUGUCAGUGACACCAGACAGAUGGGUUUGUUUUGUACCAAGUUUUCAGAAGGAUUACAAGUGUGUGUGUGUGUGUGUGUGUUAUUUUUUUUUUUUUUGUCUCAUUGGAACAUAUGCGACCUACCAAGAUAACACAGACUCUGUUUUUAAAGGCAUAUUGUAUUUAUGGGAAUAUUCAUUUUUGUCUUUUUUUUUUUUUUAAAGAAAUAAGCCUGUUGUAUGUGUACAGUUUGAAUAAAAGCGAUACGGUUUGUAAUGCA